UCCUCACAUAACAAUAUCUAUCCAAUCAUUCAUAAAAACAACAACUAAUAUGCAGACAGCGAAGAAUGCAGCAGCAUCCGUCAAGGAGACGGCGGCGAACGUGGCUGCCUCCGCCAAGUCCGGCAUGGAAAAGACCAAAGCCACCCUGCAAGAAAAGGGUGAGAGAAUGACUGCACAUGAUCCAACGCAAAAGGAAAUGGCAACAGAGAAGAAGGAGGCGAGGAAGGAUCAAGCCGAGUAUGAGAAGCAAGUAGAGCGUGACCAAAACGCGGUGCAGAGACAAGCGGUGGAGGCUACCGGAACUCACUCAUAUUCCACCACCGGAGCCACCGGUCAUCCCAUGGGAAGCCACCAGAUGUCGGCGUUGCCUGGACAUGGAACUGGACAACCGGCUGGAGAUGUGGUGGAAGGGGUGGUUGGGUCUCACCCGAUUGGUAGGAAUACCGGCACCGGUCAGUCUGUUGCCGGGAAUAACCCAAGAACUGGUGGAGGCGCUGGCGGAUAUGGCACCGGAGGGGCAUACCGUUGAUAGACUCAACGUGGGCUUUUGAUUUGCUUUCUAAUAUAGUUGCAUACUAUUCUUCUAGAGAAGAGAUUGCAGUAUCAAAGUUGGAUUUGAUGUAAAUCUAUGUUUUUUCAUCUAUAUGGAUUAUGUAUUUCUGUUU